AUGGUAGCACGACACUUGCAAUUCAAAGAGCAGCACCUCAGUACCAGAGACUGGGCAACCCGUGAGUGUUAUCCCCUCCUAGAAAGGGUUUGGCUGAUAUAGGAGGCGCUAUAUUAGCAGCCAGCACAUUUAGCUUGGCCAACACACACUAGGAGUAACCCAAUCACCAGCGGUGCCCUGUCAUCCCUCCACCAUAUGGUGCCUAUUGAGUUCCCCUGAAAUAUUCAGGAGGGCUCAGUCCGUUCCCCCCUGACACAGAUCUAUCUGACACAGAUCUAUCUGACACAGAUCGAUCUGAGCUGGGCAGUGUUGGAAGUCAGGUUACUGUGGUUAGGGCUUAUGGUAAGAGGUGUGGCAGGAGUUUGAAAUGGGAAUGGGAAAGGAAUAGUGGGGGGACUUAUGUAACUCACCCUUCUCUCUGAGAGGUCAUGACUCAUGUCUGAUCCAUCUUCAUUGUAAACAUUGUGGAGCUAUAAAGCUACAGUUAUUAACUAACUUAUGACUAAACUUCUCUCGCUUUAUCUCCCCUCUUUCUCUCCCUACAUCAACCCAAAGCCCCUCCGGUCUUCCAUCCCGCCAUCCCUCCUCUCUGUGUGUGAUGGCUGACCCAUCGCCUGGCUGGUGGAAGUUGACCUUCCUACGUAAGAAGAAGUCGGAGCCCAAGGUUCUGUACGAGAUCCCAGCGGAGUACGGCAGCAAUACCACACCCCACAGUGGAGCCCCCGGGCCAGUAGAGGGCGCCACAGAGGACAGCCAGUUCAACGCCCGUCUGGAGAGGAUAGUGGAUAAGACGGCCACCAAGGGACGCCAUGUUAAAGUGUCCCACUCUGGCCGUUUUAAAGAGAAGAAGAAGAUUAGGCCCACGUUAGCAGAAACCCCCGAUCUGUUCCCUGGUCACGAGCCUAGCGACGAAAACCUCCAAGCUGGGAAAUGAGUUCAUACACACAUAGACAUACACAUACACAUACACACACACACACACACACACACAAUUAAUGUAUUUCUCUUUCAAACUAAUUCAUGCACACUCAAACACAGAAGACAUUCUUUGACUUUCCCUCAAACACAUACAUUGGUCACACCAUUUCACACAGUCCCUCUAUCACACUCAGUAACACACACAGAGAUGAAAGGCAGUGCCUCUCAUUGGGACAUGACAUUUGUGUCAAUCCAGCCAGAGAUCUCUAUUCUUUAUUCCCUAUAAGUGUGGGACUGAUUGGGAGUCUUAGUAUGCAUCUUAGUGUCACAUUCUCUCUCUUCCAUUCAUAAUCAAUGGAGCAGUGGAAAAAUGGGACACCUGAUUCUGCCCUGUCUGUCUGCUUCAUACCUAGGCCAUAGAUACAUAAACAGACUACCUUUAAUAAGGUGCUAUUAGUCAUCUCCGACGUUAAACAUUCAACAGAUCACAGGAACAGGGAGGAGUUUCAGGUCAUGCAUAUUACACUGUACAGUCAGUGGACAGUACAUAAUGAGUACUUUACUGGUGUUGCUAAGUUUCUCAUCUGUACAAAGCAAAUAGGUAACAUGUGAAACAGACAUUGUUGUUUGCAUAACAGCUUUAUGACCUAGAGGGCAUGGUUACCGACUGUUGGAGUUUGACUGGUUUCCAUAGCGACAGACUGUGUCAUGUGUCAUUCAUAAACAUGUCACAUCAAAAAUCAAUUGUUCUAAAAUCAAUUGUUCUAAAACUAACAUACGUUUUUAAAACCUGAGUAUGUUUUGUUAUUUUUUUGUUGCUUUAAAUAAAAAUACCUCUCUAUCACUUUACAAUUUAACCUCAAACUAGACAUCUCUGUUAUUUUGAGGAGUUUUUCUUCCAAUUGCACUUUCUAAUGUAAAAGUGAAGGACUGCUUCAUAGACUGCAAGGUUUCAACAUAACUUCUAUACAUUUCUCCAGUGUUUUCAAGAUAUUGGAAGACACUGAAGCCAAACUAAAACUGGAGAUGGAAGAGGAAGCGAGACACCCCACUCGCUGUUUUUUUCUGGUUCAAUUAAAGUCAAUGAAGUAAGUAGACCAGACCCAGCUGCUAUUGCA